GCUUGGCCUUUCUGAAUUCACUUCUGCUGUUGAACUUGACGAGUGUAGCUGUGUUACCUAAAAAGUUGAACGGUCUGAGGCCCAAUUCCGUGGAAAAGAACUUGUGGAGAACACAUUGUUGGAGAACCGAUUAAAAGUACUAACGAGUGUACGCUAAGGAGUUUUACGUGGAGGAGACGAUGUCUUCCAGUGGACCCCCUGCGGCGGAGCCCCUGCUGAGCAGACUCAGACGGUGGAUCCUCGGCUUUGCACGUGGACCCCUUUGGCCCCUCUUCGGCGUGGUUGGAGCGGAUUGUGUGGACGAGCUGCAGGAGAUCGAGCCCCCCAGGGAGGACAGUGAGCCACAGGUUCCUCUUCCUCCUCCCUUCGCUGCUCCCUUUGCUCCUCCCUUUGCUGCUCCCUUUGCUGCUCCCUUUGCUCCUCCCUUCGCUGCUCCCUUCGCUGCUCCCUUCGCAGCUCCCUUUGCUGCUCCCUUUGCUCCUCCCUUCGCUGCUCCCUUUGCUGCUCCCUACCCUGCCCACUACCUUGCUCACUACCCUGCUCCCUACGCUGCUCCCUAUGCUGCUCCCUAUGCUGCUCACUACCCUGCUCCUUACACUGCUCCCUAUGCUGCUCGCUACCCUGCUUCCUAUGCUGCUCUCUACCCUGCUCCCUAUGCUGCUCGCUACCCUGCUCCCUAUGCUUUUGCUUUUGCUGCUAUUCCUGACCCUCACGCUGACCUUAACGCUGACCCUCGAGCUGACCUUAACCCUAACCUUCACGCCAAUGGUGAUGAUGUUGAUAUGAACGCUGAAAUUGACCAUAUGCUUCAAAGACACAGGUUAGGGCUACCCAAUGAGGAGGAGGACUUUGAGAUCGAUGUCGUGGGUGAGUUUCCGCUUCAGGUCCCUGUGCUGGACAUUGAAGACAUCGGGCCAGUGCCCCCAGAAGACUCUUUUGAGGAGCUCCUGGAUGCAGAUGUUCUUGAAUCUCCCUCAACUUCUGGCCUCAGCUCCUCCGCAAAACGACGCAUGGACGAGAGCGACGGGGAGGAGUCUGCUGCGAAGAGGGCGCGGUGGUCUGAAGACAGCGACUCGGAUUGACAAUACUCCGGGAAGCUUUGGAGCAACCUUGCAGUCCACUUGCAGCAGGAACAGUGGUUGCCAUGGUAGCCUUUGCGUCUGGCAGGGCUUGUGUCCCCCAUGUAGCGUCUUGCACUGGGGCUUUUCUUUAGUAAGGAGUCAUAUUGCCACAAGUCCAUUGGUCAACCUUUAUUUCAUCCGGGAAAGCUUUGCGUCUGGCGGGGCUCUUGACUCCUUGUGCAGGUACUGGUAGCCUUUGCGUCUGGCAUGGCUUGUGUCCCCCAUGUAGCGUCUUGAACUGGGGCUUUUCUGUAGUACUUCUUCAUUGUGCGGUGGAUCGAUCAACUUUUCUUUCAUCCUGACGGCCGGCCUUCGCGACCGGCUUGGCUGGUGAUGCCUCAGGUUGCCUUUGCGUCUGGCAGAGGCGUUGACACCCCGAGCAUGUAGCCUUUGCGUCUAGCAGGGCUGAAGAAGACAACAUUGUUCUCCCCCACCCACAGUAUCCGCAUUCCUUUACAGGUCAAGAGGGUAUCAGUGAAAACUGAACUGAUGUGAGACAAACAACAGAGUAAGUAGAACCCACGAGGUUAGAAAUACCUUUAUAUGGCCAAAAAUAUAGUAUAUGCCGUUGUGGAAAUCCAUAAUAUUUAAAUAUUUAACAAUUACUUAAUCCACUUAAUCAUGUUUUUUUCCCAUUUGAGGCCACGUGAAAAAGUAAGUACCAGCUUCUGUUUUGUUGAGACAGUGACCUAUAACAUGAAUACAAAGUAAUAUAAUUUACUAUAAACUGCCUGCUCCAUCUAUUUGUUCAUAGAUCAUUUUGAUUAUGUCAUGCAAAGAUAAUUUGUCCAUGCCACUUACCACUAUGUAUUGUUACCUCUCCUACUUCGACACCUGAGAUGCUGCUGUUCACCGUGGACGAAAAAGGUAAGUGACUUAGAAUAAUCUACGACCUACAGGCAACGUUAGAAGUAGGUUUGUGUAUUAUAUUGUGAAUCUGUUUAUGUAUGUUUACUCUAUUAUGCAAAUAUUGUUUUUACUAACCAAUACUUUUACCACGCUCCAACUGUGCUGCUGCUGUUCACCGAGGACCAAAAGGUGAGUGUGAGCGCGUGACUCGUGGUCCACUACAGACUAUAUAUAUUAUCACUGAUUCAAGUUUAUCUUUAGAAAUAUAGGAAUAUAAUUAGAGUACAAGCUUGUGACCUGCGAGAAUAAGCUAAAACCUGAGUAACUUGGUUCUUCGCGUUACAUCACUGAUUCAAUAAGCAAAAUGUAAUAUGUGUUACUCACUGUUAUUUUUAUUUAUUUAUUGCCACUACCUCUCGCUGUGGACUAAAAGAUGAGUAAGAGUUUCCGACCUAUACAAAUAUGUAGUAUAAAGUAAUGUGUGUUAUUGUGUAAACAAGCUAGGAGACAAGGAGAGCAGACUAAGUGAACUACUUUCUAUUCUUCUGUUUUUAGUGACUCGACUUCCUGCACUACAUCCAGGGUGACCAUGACAAGAAAAGACAAUCGCUCACUCCCGACCAGAUGAGAAGGAUGGCUGACCAGAGGACAGGCUCGAGAGCUGUGGGCGUCCACGGUUCAGUGGAUUAAGUAGCUUGUUGCUAACAUUGUAGAAGAUGAAGCCUGUGAAUGUCUCUAUAUUACAAUAACAUGCGACCGGCUGAUAAUGUUAGAAUAGGGAGGAUUUAGUGUGAACACCAACACUCAGUGUAACUGAAUCUGGAUAUGAAAUACAUGUUGUGUUGCAUUCCUGUUGUAUUUCCUUACCAAAGAGAAAGAGGAAAAACACUCCUAUCUCUUGUUUUUUAGGGCAGCACUCCUGUUGUAUCCUUUGGAAAUCCCCGUUCUCCUGAGAGUGGAUGUGAACAGAGCCGCACAGAGCCGUCCACUCAGCACAUUUCUCCACCUCACUGCUUAGGUGAAGAAUUCAAUAAAACACUUGAGACAUCUCAUGAAACUCUUUUGUUUUGCAAGAUUUUAUUUGGUUCAACCGAAUGUUCAUGUGAAGCUUUUAAAUGAAGUGAAUC